UCUUUUCUCCUCCGCGCUGCUGCUUCGCUCAUCAGCUUGACCACCACCUCCACCUCGCCUCCCUCACCAAGACCUCGUCGCCCUCCUCCUCCUCCACCUCGCAUUGUUAAUUCAGCUCCAGCCUCGCGGCUCCCCGGAGAGAGGAGACAGCGGCGCACGCGAGGCCAAAUCAAGCCCCCCCCCCCUUUUUUUUGCUGCUCCACCUCGACCUCUCGUGCAUGCCGCCGACGACGACGCGUGGGGCUUAAUUCCGCGCCGGUAAGUGGCCGCGGGCGGCGGGGUACUGCUAUUCGGAGCUCGACACCAGCGCCAAUGUGGGGGGCGACGAGGAGGACGCCGUGCGCCGCCGUAGCGGCGGCGGCGGCGGCGGCCGUUCUGCUCGCGGCUGCUGCUUGCUGCGCGCCGUUCGCCGACGCGGCGGCGGCGGCCGAGCACGGGAGGGUCUCAGGGAAGAGCGGCGGCGUGCUGGAGGAGGACCCGGUGGGGAAGCUGAAGGUGUACGUGUACGAGAUGCCCCGGAAGUACAACCUGAACCUGCUGGCGAAGGACAGCCGGUGCCUGCACCACAUGUUCGCCGCCGAGAUCUUCAUGCACCAGUUCCUCCUCUCCAGCGCCGUCAGGACGCUCGACCCGGAGGAGGCCGACUGGUUCUACACGCCGGCGUACACCACCUGCGACCUCACGCCGCAGGGCUUCCCGCUCCCGUUCCGGGCGCCGCGCAUCAUGCGCAGCGCAGUCCACUACGUCGCCACCACCUGGCCCUACUGGAACCGCACCGGCGGCGCCGACCACUUCUUCCUCGCGCCGCACGACUUCGGCGCCUGCUUCCACUACCAGGAGGAGCGCGCCAUCGAGCGCGGCGUCCUCCCCGUGCUCCGGCGGGCCACGCUGGUGCAGACGUUCGGGCAGCGCAACCACCCGUGCCUCCAGGACGGCUCCAUCACCAUCCCGCCCUACGCCAACCCGCACAAGAUGGAGGCGCACCUCAUCAGCCCGGCCACGCCGCGCUCCAUCUUCGUCUACUUCCGGGGCCUCUUCUACGACAUGGGCAACGACCCCGAGGGCGGGUACUACGCCCGCGGCGCGCGCGCCGCCGUGUGGGAGAACUUCAAGGACAACCCGCUGUUCGACAUCUCGACGGAGCACCCGGCGACGUACUACGAGGACAUGCAGCGCGCCAUCUUCUGCCUCUGCCCGCUUGGGUGGGCGCCCUGGAGCCCCCGCCUGGUGGAGGCGGUGGUGUUCGGCUGCAUCCCCGUCAUCAUCGCCGACGACAUCGUGCUCCCCUUCGCCGACGCCAUCCCCUGGGAGCAGAUCAGCGUGUUCGUCGCGGAGGAGGACGUGCCCAGGCUCGACUCCAUCCUCGCCUCCAUCCCGCUCGACGACGUCAUCCGCAAGCAGCGCCUGCUGGCCAGCCCGGCCAUGAAGCAGGCCGUGCUGUUCCACCAGCCGGCGAGGCCCGGCGACGCCUUCCACCAGAUACUCAACGGCCUCGCGCGCAAGCUGCCGCACCGCAAGGACGUCUUCCUCGAGCCCGGCGACAGUGGCGUCGACUGGAACCAGGGCCUCGAGAGCGACCUCAAGCCAUGGUAGCUGCUUACAUACACACACUACACUACACUACGUACGUACACACAUGAAUCGAAGCUAUAUAUACAGAGGAGAUCGAGGAGGAAGACGAUGCAUGCAUGCAUGCACCAUCGAUCGUCGUCGUCACAGAUGUACAUUGAUUUGGUUCGUUUCUGUUAAUUUCUUCUUCGUUUUAUUUAUUUUUUUCUAGCUUUUGUUUUGUUUUGUUUUGUUUCAGGUGGGGAUCCGUGUCAUGUAUGUGCGUGGUCGAUGAAUGGACUGUUGCAAUGUGCACCAUUUCUAUAGUGAAAAUUAACCCUUUUUUCCCA